AACGUGCUAAUCGCUCCGUCCCGUCUCCCACCGCGCCGUGCGCGGCCAUAUAAGACCCCCCCCGCCGGCCCAUCCGGUGCUCCCCAGAGGAACCCGAAUCCAUCCCCAGCACCCCGGCGAGCGAUCGAUCGAUGGGCAACUGCCAGGCGGCGGAGGCGGCGGCCGUGGUGAUCCAGCACCCCGGCGGCAAGGUGGAGCGGCUGUACGGGGCGGCCACCGCGGCGGAGGUGAUGCGCGGCAACCCCGGGCACUACGUGGCGCUCGUCGUGCUCCGCGUCUCGGCCGUCGGCAAGCAGGACGCGGACCCGGAGGUCUCCACGGGCGCGGCGGCGGGCGGCGGCGCCAGGAUCACCAAGGUGAAGCUGCUCAAGCCCAAGGACACGCUGCUCCUGGGGCAGGUGUACCGGCUCAUCACCUCGCAAGAGGUGGCGAAGGCGAUACAGGCGAGGAGGGAGGACAAGAUGCGUCGGUACGGCAGCGCCGUCGCCGGCGAGGGCGAGGUGGUGGCGGACGACGACCGGCGGGCGCAGCCGGGACGACACGCCGCCGCCGACGCCGCGGCGGGCUGCCAAGGGCAGGGGCGGCGGUCCACCGGCCAGGAACGGAAGCGGCCGGAGAAGUCGGACCGGCAGCACAGAGGGCGGCAGUGGCAGCCUUCGCUGCAGAGCAUCUCGGAGGCGGCGAGCUGACGCGACAAUCAGGCCGCUCUGCCGCACCUGGAUAUGGAGUGGAGUGAGGACUAGUAGCAGUCUACAUCUACAGUACUAGUAUAGAAGCAGGGCAGGGGAGUGUACGUAGCUGCUGUUGCUGUACUGUACAUUGGUCGAGAGAGAGAGAGUGACGAAGCAGAGUUUGCAAGAGGUGAAUUAAUCCGCCCCAUCAUUGCUAA